CCUUCUCCUCCAGCAACCCACCGAACAAAGUCAAUGGUGGGCGGGACCACGGGGCUCAGUUUUCAGCCCUUUCCGAAUGUCACAGCGAUGAUCAUGGGCUCCCAUUGGCUCCUGUCUGCAAACACGUCACAAUCAUGAUUAGAAUUGAUGAUCGGACGUUCUGAUUUCAUUGUCUCGCAAAGGGGACGGUGAAAAAAUCUGCUGAAUUUGACCGUUCGUCUGAUUUUGACAUCAAAAAUGCCACAUUACCCUUUAGUGUGCCAGGUACACUGAGACACCAUGGGUACCAUCAAGAUUGUGCUAAUGUAGAAACAUGGAGGUUUUGCUGUGAUCUGCAUGGCUGCCCCGUUCCCCUCCAGUUACAGAAUGGAUGCGUGGUCACAGAGACGUGGCCUGCAGACUAUGAACCUGCGGUCAGUGUUCACCAAUGAACAGCAGAGGAUCUUGGAACGUUACUAUGAUAAUGGGAUGACCAAUCAGAGCAAGGCUUGCUUCCAGCUAAUACUGCAAUGCGCUCAGGAGGCCAAACUGGACUUCAGCGUGGUCCGGACGUGGGUUGGCAACAAAAGACGUAAGCUCGCCUCCAAGGUAGAACAGAACGGAGGCAUGUCUCAUUCCUUAUCCAGUCACGGGCUCGCCGGGGGACUGCUCUCCAGUCACUCGUUGGCCACAGGUCCACUGUCCAAUCACAGCCUGGCGGCAGGGGCACUGCUUCCUGCUGAACUGGCUGCAGCGCGGAACAUCCAGAAUCGUGUGCACCUUCUCCCCCCAUCCUCGUCCUUCCCUUCUUUCUCGUCAACAUCUUCCUCCCCUUCCUCUUCCUCUCCCCACAGCAGCGGAAGCAACAACAACAACAACAACAACAAUGACGUCAUACUGACCGGGAUUUACUCCCUCAACUCCGUCCCUUGCUCCCGACCACGGCCCACAGCCCCCCCAUCUCAGUCAGACUCUGAGCUUUCUGCACACGCGUCCUCGUCUCUGAUCAACCGGGCCCUGCAGAGCCGGAUCAGCUCCACCUCCUCACCCCUCCACACCAAGCUGCUCUCACGCUCUCAAAACCUCCCACCCAUCGCAUCUGCCUCAGGGCCUUUAGUCAACACUGCAGUCAGGAAGGGGGGGACUGUAUCCCUCGGGGAUGCAGUGGUAAGUGCAGGAGCAGGGGUAGUACCUCACAGCUGGACCAGGCAGUACGGUACAGCGCAAACUCGCCCCUGGUCCUCUUCCUCCCAGUCCCAAACACAGCCUCAGCCCAGACCUCACUCCAACCCCCAACCUCAACCACCUGCCCCUCAGAAGACUUGGGUCUCCCUUCCAGUACAAAACUCUGGUCCCCCCUCUGAGCAGACACCUCGCAUCCAGCAGGUCUUCACCUUGUCAGAAAGAGGCGAGGGGAACAGGCUUAGGCUGAGCCAUGUGUCCACUCAGAAAAGCCAGGAAAGUCACAGGCUGGCGUCCCAUCCUCAGGACGCCAGUCAUAACUUCUCCAUCGCCAUGGAAACUGGAGAUGAAGAAGAUGAGUGGCAAAGGGAAGAGGAGCUGGCAAACAUGGCCGCUCAGACACACAUCCAUAGGGAGCAGACGUCGACUAGCCCAACCGGGGCUGAAGUGUCUGUGGUGAGAGGAAGCCACACCCCCCUUACGACCAGCUCCAGACCCGCACUGCUCCACGGCAACACAACUCUUCAGGGCAGCUACUCCGUCACAGCACAGACCUCACUUACAGGGGAAUCCAGCACGCAGAUGUCCAUUGGUGUGUCUGCUGCCCCCUGGGUUAUCAGCAACUCCAGAAAGAGAACACUGCAGGAUCGGACCCAGUUCAGUGAUGGGGAUCUCAUCCAACUGAAGCGCUACUGGGACCGAGGCAUGACCAGCCUGGGCUCAGUCUGCAGGGAAAAGAUCACUGCUGCAGCAAACCAACUCAAUGUUGACACUGAAAUAGUCAAGACAUGGAUCAGUAACAGACGGAGGAAGUACCGUCUGAUGGGUAUUGAAAUCCCUCCACCUAAAGGUGGGCCUGCCGUAUUCUCGACCUCAUCCCCAGGAAACGAAUCCCCAGUGGCCCUGAGCCCCGACGAGGAGGGGCUCAGAACGCCUGAACUCGGAGAUGACUUGAAUGAUGAGGGAUCCCUCUGCCUGUCUGAAGAUGGCACCAUUGACUCACAACACAGAGACGAAGAAGACGGAAUAGAUGUGCCCAUUGCUGCUCCACUGACCGAUAAUGUGAAGAUUGAAGUCAUUGAUGAGGACGAGGAAGACGAGUAUGACAACGAUGAUGGUGAAUUGGUGGCUUCAGACCUAGAGCAAAUGCAGAGCAUGUUGGAAUUCAAGCACGAGGAAGUGCAGUUCUUAGAGAAUGAGCUAGAGAACCAAAAACAAAGAUACGACAAGCUCGUAAGCUUCACGACGAGCCUGCUCAGCGCUGUGAGGAACAAGGACCUGGACAGACAGCAGGAACUCAUGGCCAGUCUACCUCAGCCUUCAGACCAGGACUGGGACAUGACUCUGGAGAGAGGAACGCUGCCCGCUGCUGCGUCAGCAGACGCGUCCUCCAAACACAACGGCUCCCCGGCAGCCGGCGCGAGCAGCAAGGAGCCUCAUCCGGCCCCGGCAGACGAACAAGUCCCACUGGUCACCAUAAAAGAAGACGAUACAACGACUAAAGUUACUAAGCCCUCUGCAUCAGAGGAGCAACUGCAGGAGGCAGUUACAGAACAAAAGUGACUAUCUCAUGUACAUUAGCUCACAUAGACUCAUGCAGAUGUUUCCACACUCCAUAUAGAAGCUGGUUUUCAAACUGGCCUAUAUGGGACUAUACAGCAUAUGGUCUCACAUUUACACAAACACUCAUGGUAAACCCAUGCCCAGUGCCUGUGGGUUGAUGCUUCACUACGACUGUUGGUUUGACGAAUGCCUUUUUUACUGCAUAUCAUUUCGCCUUGCUCUGGACCAGUCCAGAGAGAACAAUAAACAACCUCUAACUUA